AACCAAAUCAAACAAGCGCCCCCGCUGCUACCGCCUCGCAUCGUCGUCCGCACCACCAAUGGAGCUCUCAUCCCUCCUGCCCGCCCUGUCCCCGCGCCGCGCCCUCCCGCUCUCCUUCCCCACCGCGUCCAAGACGGCCCGGCGGCCGCGGCCGGCCGCCUUCGCCUGCCGCGCGGACGCCUCCCCGGAAGGGCCAUCAACCACCCGGCGAUGGUUCGCCUCGCUAGCCGCCGCCACCGCAGCCGUGGGGAUUGGCGUCGCCGGAGGAGGGGAGGCUGGCGCCGUGUCGACCAGCAGGAGAGUUUUCAGGAGCAACAAGAUUCCGGAGAGCGACUUCAUUACUCUGCCUAAUGGCAUCAAGUACUAUGACAUCAAAGUAGGAGGUGGGGCCAAAGCAGUUAAGGGAUCACGUGUCGCAGUACAUUACGUGGCCAAGUGGAAGGGCAUAACAUUCAUGACAAGUAGGCAGGGCCUCGGUGUCACUGGUGGAACGCCGUAUGGGUUUGAUGUUGGCAAUUCUGAAAGAGGCAAUGUUCUAAAAGGAUUGGAUCUCGGGGUUGAGGGAAUGAAAGUUGGAGGCCAGAGGUUGGUUAUUGUUCCUCCUGAGCUAGCUUAUGGAAAAAAGGGCGUUCAAGAAAUUCCUCCUAAUGCAACUAUUGAGCUGGAUGUCGAACUACUAUCAAUCAAACAGAGUCCAUUCGGGAGUCCUGUGAAGAUCGUUGAAGGAUAAUUGUGCAUUGACUUCUGCAGAAAAUGAUGUAUAUUUGAACAUGCUGGAGAGUGUUACUGCAAGAAAGGGGGCUAGAUGUAUCAGAUUUCAGUGGUGCUAUUGUGUAAAUAAGUGCACCAUAAUGUAAUAUUUGACUUUGGAGGCUUUUUUUUGGCUGGUUGGAGAAUAAGCAAGUUCCAUAAAUUAUAGUAUAUAUUCAAUUCCUUUUUGCAUUUUUUUCAGGUACAAUCCCUCUCUGUCUCUGUCUGUAACACACACAGUUCUCACUUGUAUAGCCUUUGCAGCUUCAUCA